AUGCCGCGCCGCUCGCGGCUCUCGUCACCGCGCACCGAGGCUGGGAACGGGGCGAGCACCCGUCUCGUCGCGACACGUCUCGUCGUCGACCUCGACCCGCCUCGCGCACCGAUCCCGAUGCGCGUCAGACGCCGAUUCGAGGACGAAUCGAACGACGCCGCGGAUGCGAUCGCUCGGGAGACGUCCGCGAGCGCGCCGAGCGCGAGCGCGGACGAGGCGAUGAAACGAGAAUUGGAUAAAAACGGUUCAUCUUCCCCGAGGUGCGCCGACUGGACGCCUCGACGGGUGGCGACGCAAUUUUUGAACGCCAAACUCUCCGUCCCGCGCGAAUCGUUCGAGGAAUUCAUGGCGUUCAUCGUCGCCGAAUCGACGAUAUCGCUCACGCGCGCGUGGCUCGAGCGAAUCGAGGCGCGUUCGGCGAGCAAAGUCGGGUCGAGCACGCCGCGAGUCGUCUUGAGCGCGUACAUGAUUGUGCAUCACUCCGAUGUCGUCAUGGGAGGUUCUUCCCCAGAAGAGGUCUCUCUGUUGACAUCAUCACGAGAGUUGGUCCAGGCUCUGGAAGCUGUCGCCGCCGCGCUCGCGGGAUCGACCGCCUCACCAAGAGACGUAGAUUCGCUCGUCGCGCGAUUCGGGCGUAGUUGGAACGCUUUUUACUGCGAUUGGACUGUGUGGAAGACAAAAGACGCGCAAAGCUUAGAGAACGAGCUCGUUCGAAUCGGUGUCGCUAUGGAGGCGUCCAUGUUCAACGUUUGUGGACCGAACGCGCUCGACGAAUCGGUUUGUUUGGGUGAAGAGCGAAACGCGAUCCGCGAGGCGCAGAAACGCGACCGCGCAUUGUUGAGAGAAAAAAUUUCCAGGCUAUCUGGAGACGAUGCGGCGCAACGGUUCGAUGCAAUGAUUUGUUGCGUUCGAGAAGACGCACUGAGACAGUCUGAAUCAAAGUCUGGGGACGAAUCGUCUUCGGACGCGCAAGGCAAUCUCGAACAACGUCGCGAGGCGCGCGAGGCGAUGAAUAAACGCAUGGCAGACGCAAUCGCGAAUGACAAGGCGCGAUCUGUGCAGUACGACGAAGAAACGAUGGAUUCCGUUGAGUCGCAAAAAGAUCGAAUUUUACAUGAGCUCAUGAUAAAUCCCGAAUUCAAACUUUCGCUCGCGGAACACGAGGCUGGUUCCCUGAGAACCGCCGUCGAGGAAGCGAUGACUCAAGCUUUCUGGGACGUCGCGUACGAGUCUCUCAUCGGUAACUCUGUCAGCAUCGUGCGAGAGAGAAUCAUUGAGUGGAAAGACUGCGCCAUCGAUGAAGCUCUGAGCUCGGAAGAUAUGUCGACGCAACGGCUCAAAGAUUUAAAGGAUCAGUUAGUUUUGAUUGACGUGGACGAUUUGGAACGCUGCAUCUUACACAUGGAGACGCAUCCAUUGGACGCGUGCGCCGCGUUGCGAAAGGCUUUGGAUUACGGAUACACGGCUUUGAAGAUUUUGUGCGACGACGAUGAAACGAAUGCUCGACUUGAGAUCGAACAUGAGACGCUCAUUCACAAGUUGCAGACGACGACGGAGGACAAAAAAUCCAUCUCGCGCAGUAUUGUCGACGCAUUGGCGUUCUUGUUCAGCUUUCGAGAGAAAAUUCACACCACAAAAUAUCUGAAUGCCGCGAACUUGGUAAUUGACGAUUUACGAUCAGGCAUCGCCGCCAGUUCCAAGGAGGGAUUCGAGUACGCACGAGAGCGAUUUCUUCGUCGACACGGCGUGUGUACGGGAGAAACGGACGUCGAGAUUUACAAGCUAAAGUUUCCACGUACGCUGGGUUGGCUCGAAGCCGUCGCGGAUGACCUCGUCAGGUUAGAUGCUCAAGAAAAUAUGAUGACACUGCGGCGAAACAGCGACGCCACUUGGCGAGGCAUAAAACUUCAAAGCGGUCUGAUAGGAUGCGCCAAGGAGCGUCCGCAGCUUGCUUACAUUGUCGCCGCUGAUCUCCACUCGACCGCCAUCAUGACCAUUGAAGGCGCGUGUCGCGUCGCUCUCGCGAGGUUGAUUUCGAAUCGAAAUGCCAUUGAGCAGGAGUUUUAUCCGGAGACUCUUGAAUUCGAUCUGGAACGACUCGACAGAAUGUGGGCCGAGUUCCAGCAACUGCGCGUCCUAGCUGCGUGUUCGGCUCUCUGCAGACAAAUCAACGUUCGAGCUGACAUCGUCCUCGAACGCGUUUCGUUACUUCUAAACGAUCCCCAUGAAGUUUCAAGUGUUGAUAAGAUCGCAGAACUCAUCCGCGAUGCUUGCGAGCACAAGAGAGACGAAGCAACAACGAUUGCCAACAUGUUGCGUAAACUCACGGGUGAAGAGGCGCUCGCAGUGCGCAUUGUCGACAUCCUACGCUCGGCUCUCGCCGUGCGCCUUCUGUACGGCUUUCAAGACGACACAAAAGCCUAUCGCGCAGUUGAAUCCACGUUCGCUGCCUUCGGCCCUGUCGCCGCUCGGCUCCUGCGCGAGCGCGUCGACGACAUCGCGCGCCAAGCCGCCGUCGUCGUCAACCUUCAAUCCCACGUUUGUAUCGACGUGCUCAACGCGCUCGCCGGCGAACUCCUCUCCAAGGUGGACCCGGACGAAAUUUGA